CCUUUGUAAAAUGAUAUGCGACGACACAAGUCACUCUCUACCAUCCGUGGCUAUUCCAUUCCACUCACCAUGAAUUGGGCACUCCCUCUCGAUCGAUCGGUUCGUUGUAGUUCCUACUGGACCUCUCAAAACCCUAAACCCAUCAUCAUCAAAACCCAAGAAUCUCUCACCACUCUCUCACAAUCACCAUACCAGAGGACAUGCGUCGAUCGAUUCUCUUCUCGCACCACUUCGCGAAUCGCAUUUCCACUCGACGCAUGUAAAAUUCGCACUCUCAAACCGAUCAGAGUUGGGAAUUCUUCGAGAGAUGUUCGGCGAUUCGCGAGCGGCUGGUUUUCGUACGAAGAUGAAGAAGCGCUGCGCGAGCCGAGUUGUUUGGAGUUUAUUACUUCGGAGAGAGUUAAAGUGGUGGCGAUGCUGGCUUUGGCGUUGUCGCUUUGUAACGCGGACCGAGUUGUUAUGUCGGUGGCCAUCGUUCCUCUUUCGCUUGCCAACGGCUGGCGUCAAUCCUUCGCCGGCGUUGUUCAGUCAUCCUUUCUCUGGGGAUACCUGAUAUCACCAAUAGCUGGGGGUACACUCGUGGACUAUUAUGGUGGUAAAGUUGUCAUGGCAUGGGGUGUGACUUUAUGGUCACUAGCCACCUUUUUAACUCCUUGGGCUGCAGAAACUUCUUUAUGGGCAUUACUUGCUAUGCGAGUGUUGCUUGGCAUGGCAGAAGGAGUGGCUCUUCCUUGUAUGAACAAUAUGAUAGCAAGAUGGUUUCCUCAAACAGAACGAUCAAGGGCUGUUGGUCUUGCAAUGGCUGGAUUUCAGCUUGGAAGUGCUGUUGGACUUAUUCUUUCUCCAAUCCUUAUGUCACAGGGUGGUGUAUUUGGGCCAUUUGUGAUAUUUGGGUUAUCUGGAUUUCUUUGGGUUUUGGUAUGGCUAUCAGCAACGUCAAGCACUCCUGAUCGAAGUCCUCAAAUAUCAAGAUAUGAGUUGGAGUACAUACAACAGAGCAAGAGGCAAAAAUCCUUUGUGAUUGAGAAUAAAUUGAAGACAGCAAAAGUGAUCCCUCCUUUUAGGCGCUUGCUUUCUAAGCUGCCAACGUGGUCCCUAAUUGUUGCAAAUGCCAUGCAUAGCUGGGGAUUCUUUGUUAUUCUUUCAUGGAUGCCCAUAUACUUUAAAACAAUACAUCAUGUUGACCUCAGACAAGCAGCAUGGUUUAGUGCUGUUCCAUGGAGCAUGAUGGCGUUAGUAGGCUACUUUGCAGGUGUUUGGUCAGACAUGUUGAUUGAAAGUGGCAUGACGGUCACUUUAACUCGCAAAAUCAUGCAGUCAAUUGGUUUUGUUGGCCCUGGGAUUUCUCUCAUUGGUUUAAUUAUGGCGAAACACCCAGCAAUAGCAUCUGCUUGGCUUACUUUAGCUGUUGGGCUAAAAUCAUUUAGUCACUGUGGCUUCCUUGUAAACCUUCAGGAGAUUGCACCACAGUAUUCUGGUGUUCUACACGGUAUGUCGAAUACUGCUGGGACAUUUGCUGCUAUUUUGGGUACAGUUGGAGCCGGUUUUUUUGUUGAAUUAGUGGGUUCUUUCCAGGGAUUUUUGUUGUUAACGUCCCUUAUGUAUUUUUCUGCUGCUCUAUUCUGGAACUUAUAUUCUACGGGAGAGAGAGUCAAUUUUGAUGAAAUAGGUUAGAUCAUCUACAGGGGUGAUUAUUUUUCUCUUGCUACUUGAAUAUAAAAGGCUAGUUUUGUAAAUGUCAUAAUAUGUUAUAAAUCCCAUGGUCAUAAUAUACUGUAACAAGAUAUCAAAACCUAAAUUUGUGUUUUAAGACUAUUCUAAUUGCCUUGUAUACUAGAUUGUUGUUGGAUGAUGUGAAACUAUCAAUGUUUCAAAGACCAUAUUGAACCAGCCAGUUUUACUGGUUUAACUGGGUUGGGGUUAACCUAUAAAAUCAUUUGAAUAAAAA